AUGUCGUCCAUCGGCACAGGCUACGACCUCUCGGUCUCGACAUACUCGCCUGAUGGCCGUCUCUUCCAAGUCGAAUAUGCCAACAAGGCUGUCGAGGCCGCUGGUGUCGCAGUCGGUAUCCGCUGCAGCGAUGGCAUUGUUCUCGGCGUUGAGCGUCUCCUCCACUCCAAGCUCCUGGUGAAGGGCGGUAACCGCAGGAUACAGUCCGUCGACGAGCACGUUGGACUGGCGACUGCAGGCCUUCUCGCCGAUGGAAAGCACCUUGCCACCAGGCUCCGCGAUGAGGCAUACAACUUCCGUGACACGUACAAUGCUCCCGCGACCGUUCAAAUUCUCUCGGACCGCCUGUCUGGCUACGUCCAGGCUUACACCUGCUACGGCUCCGUUAGGCCCUUUGGUGUCUCGAGCUUGGUUGCUGGUGUUGACAAGACCGGUCCCCGCCUGUUCUGUGUCGAGCCCUCGGGAGUCUUCUAUGGCUACCGCGCCUGUGCCAUCGGCAAGGGCAAGGCGUUGGCGAAGACUGAGCUCGAGAAGCUCAUUGCCAAGGAGGCGGAUGGUGGUGAAGCUAUCACCUGUCGCGAGGCCAUCGACGAGAUUGCGCGCAUCAUCUACCUCGUCCACGACGACAACAAGGACAAGGACUUUGAGCUGGAAAUGACCUGGGUCAGCACCGAGACUGGCGGCAAGCACAGGGCUGUGCCAGGAGAGCUCCAGGCCGAAGCCGAGGCCAAGGCCAAGGCCGCGCUGGAAGAGGGCAUGGAAGAGGACUGA